AGAGGGAUGAGACAGUGCUACCUGUCUUCUGGCUGCACUGUGUGUCUGUUCAAUCUCCAUCCAUAGAGAAAUUCAAAUAGGAUUUGGUAGGUAUAGAGGUAGAUAGGUAAGUUGGUAGGUAGCUAAAACUGCUGACGUCACCUGGUCAUUCAUACCUCAUAAAGGUUUUCCGAGACACGAGGCACGCGCCGCGCGUGCGCACAGCCGGGGUCGGCACACCUUCAAACGCGCCAGGAACUGGCCAGGCCCACGCGAGACCAAACCUACCACCAGCAGAACCGCCACAACCACAGCCACCACCACCCCUCUCGGACUUCUCCUUCACCCUCCCCUGACUCUUUUCUUUGUCUCUUUCCGGCCCACACACCUCCUCCCUCCCACGGCCAACCCUGAGUCUCAGACUCUGGUCCUGUCCCGCACUCCAGCCUGAAAUUCUUUGGCAGAACAGAAGCGGGCAAGACAGCAUCCCACAGCUCGCCCUCAGACAAUAGCACCUCUGGAGUCCAACCGUUGCAGAGAUACUUAGAGAUUACCAAGUCCACUGUUCGACUCAGGUAAUGAGAUACUAAGAACACCUGACGAGGGCUGCAGGCAACACCUUCCUCACGAAUUGGCAAGAGAAGAGACCCCAUAAUGGAAAUUCUAAACCUCGCCGUGCUUUCUACUGGCGGUCUGCGCUGUCCUCCACCUGUCCCUCGCCGACGAGGCCCUGUCGUCUGCCUCCGACCAGAAGCCAGAGGCGCCCCGCAGACCGAUGACGUGGCCAUUUUGCAGGACGGCGAGUCGCUAGAGAAGAGAUGGCCCCACGACCAGUGGGCAGCGGCCAACAACUGGCGCAAGAAGUGGAUGGCAAUGAACCCGUGGGGCAAGCGCUGGACCAAUCAGUUCGCUACGUGGGGCAAGCGGAACUGGAACGAACGACCUUUCGCUACUUGGGGCAAACGCCGACCGGACUGGAACUUCGCCACCUGGGGUAAACGAGCCUGGAAUGAUCGACAGUUCGCCACCUGGGGAAAACGGGCUUGGAACAACCGACAGUUUGCCACGUGGGGCAAGCGUGCUGGGGACUCUCUGCCUGAGGGCUCCUCCCCCAACGACGUCGCCGACCUAGACUUCCCGGAGAAAAAAGCCUGGAACCAGUUUGUCACCUGGGGCAAGAGAGUUCCAUCUGAUGACGUCAACAAGCGCUGGAACACCAUGGCGACCUGGGGAAAACGGAGCAGCAGCGGUGACGACAUCAGUAACCACGAAGACGCCAUUUCCAACGGCAGCGGCCUGGACAGCGAGCAGCAGCAGCAUCACCAGCAGCUACAGCAGCAGGGGGCCUUGUCUUCUGACGCCGCCGCCGACAAGCGUUGGAACUCUUUUGCCACGUGGGGCAAAAAGUGGAAUACCAUGUCCACCUGGGGCAAGCGGGACAACAAUGCCGAGGACGCGGACUCGCUGGACAAGAGGUGGAGGAGCAUGGCCACCUGGGGCAAGCGGGACAGUGCCGAUCAGGGUGAGGCCAGGUACAAGCGGAGUAGGCUGGGUCCUUGGGGCAAGCGCGUGCGCGCGGAGGGGUGGUCCGUCAUGCCCACCUGGGGCAAGCGGGGCAGAGGUCAGUGGGGCGUCCUGUCCACGUGGGGCAAGCGGGCGGCCGGAGACAGACCCGGCAGCGGCGACGACUUGGCUCCGUCCACAGACGACGUACUGCUACGGCUGUUCGACAGGGACGGCAACAACGCCCUCGACUUAGAGGAGUUCGGCGCAUUUCUCAACUGGAUGCAAGCAGAGCAGGAACAAGACUUUUCACAGUGAAGUCCCUGUAAGAGACCCUGUAUCUGUGGGGCAUUUAUUCUGACGCCAUGUUUAUCAGGAAACUCCAACAUGCGGUCACCAUGACAUCCUGUCCAGAUGUAACUGACAUUCCUUAGAUAAAAACAAAUUCAAAAGACAAUAUUUCACAAAGAAUGAAAACUUUUUAAUGGAAAGAACUUUGUGGCCAAUGCAGAACCGAACUUGCAUCUUUCAAACGUAUAGUGGGCUUGUUCGAAAUUGUCGUAUUUAGAUGUCAGGAAAAGUUGUUUUGCACAAUGUACUGGCUUAUGUGUCAGAAUAUUAAACAAAAAGUUGUGUUUCUGAAAGUA